AUGAUAAAUUCUGAAGCUCAAGGAUACUACCAACAGGCUAACGAGGCCUUUGUCGAAGAGAACUAUCAAUCUGCCUACUCUCUCUACUCCCAAGCCAUCGCAAUCGACUCUUCUCGACCAGACAUUUACCUAAAACGAGCACAAGCUGCUUCCAAACUGGCCCAACAUCUCAAUGCUGUCAAUGACGCAAACAGAGUAUUAGAACUCAUUAGUAAUAGUGGUGCCAACAAGAAUGAAAAAUCUGGACUAAUUGCUAAGGCUAACAUGAGGUUGGGGUUGUCCCUCUUUGAAUUGGAUCGAUAUGAGGAAGCGCAUGGAGCCUUCAUGGCUGUCUUGAGCAUCACUCCUGACGAUGCUACUGCAAAGACCUGGUUGCGUAAAGCGGCUGCUGAAAUUGAAGCCAGCAAGUCAAAAAUAGAAACACAACCAAUAGCUAUUCCACCUCCAUCAUCAACAAUGAACACUCCAGCACGUGUCCGUCACGAAUGGUUUCAAAACGAAAACUUUGUGACAAUCACCAUAUUCAUCAAAAACGUAAAAGCAGAUACCGUCAAUAUCGUAUUCGCUGAACGUGCCAUCUCAGUCACCGUCAAACUACCAAUCGGUGCUGACUACUCGUUAGAACUGGAUCCUUUGGCUCACGCUAUCGUACCAGCAGAUUCGAAAUACUCUGUCUUGUCUACCAAAAUCGAAAUCAAAUGUAAAAAAGAAAUGAUGGGCUUGAAAUGGGGUACUUUGGAAGGUGAAGAUGAAAUGGUUGGAGCUCCUCAGUUGAUGGGGUCUGCAAAUGUUGAUGCAUCUGCAAGGCCUUCAUAUCCUACCUCUUCCAAAAAGGCUCGCGACUGGGACAAGUUGACCAAAGAAGUCGAAACGGAAAAGCCUGAAGGAGAUGCCGCCUUGAACUCUCUCUUCCAACAAAUCUACAAGGAUGCUGAUGAUGAUACUCGACGAGCCAUGAUCAAGAGCUUUACCGAAUCAAAUGGUACCGCCCUAUCCACGAACUGGACUGAAGUGGGUAAAGGUCGAGUCGAGACUUCACCUCCUGAUGGUAUGGAAGCCCGCAAGUAUGAAAUGUAA